AGACUAACAAGAAGAAGAGCGGAUCCAAAUUAGACAUUGACAAUGGUGGCUUUGCGCCUCCUUAGAGACUGUUAUUCUCUAUGAGUUUAAUAUUAAACCAUCUGACAUAACAAUGUUUUCAGAUCAGCCUCGGAGAGAGUUUACCUACGAGCAGUCAAAUACCACCGAGGAAGAAGUCUUCGUCAAAACCGAGAAAGCGAGAGAGGAUCAGAGCAGACAGCCGGAUUUCAACCGGAGACCCGAGAUAAUCUCACACCAGUUAGCCUGCCCAGACCUACAGGAACACGACCGUAAGGAAGAGGCUCUCGCUGAUCAGCGGCUCUGGACCCCAGAGAGGAACUCCAAUUUUGAUGAGGAGGAACCAGAACCUCAGUGGACGAAAAAGGAGCAGGCUGAGCUAGAACAUCUUCAGAUAAAAGAGGAAGACAAGGAACUCUGCAUCAGUCAUGAUGAAGAUCAGCUUGAGCUAAAGCAGGAGACUGAAGCCUUCAUGGCGACGCCUACCGACGAGGAAACAUUUCCCACUGAACCAGAACUAAACUGGGACCAGCUAAACUCUCAGGACUCUUCUGCAACUGAGAACCAGGAUCAGGAAGGAAGCAAUCCCGAGAACUCGGGAUCGAAUAUAGAUGAAGAGCAAAUGCUAAACAGGAGACAUCAGAAAACCAGACGUCAUCAAAGCAGUUCAAACAGUUUACAACAAAAAGGGCACAAGAAAACUUACAGAGAUGAGAAACUUUACUUUUGUGAAAUGUGUGAUAAAGGUUUUUCGCUAAAUAAAAACUUGACUGCACACAUGAGGAUUCACUCAGGGGAGAGGCCUUUCUCAUGUAAAACCUGUGCCAAAUCCUUUACCAAAAAAUCAAAUCUAACCCGUCACUUAAAAACUCACACUGGUGAAAAGCCUUUUCCAUGUGACGCGUGCAAAAAGACCUUCAGUCUGAAAGUAGAUCUGCUCAAACACAUGAGAAUUCACACAGGUGAGCGGCCUUUUCUCUGUAUGACCUGUGGAAAAAGUUUCAGGUUAAAGUUUAUUUUAACUGAACACAUAAGAACUCACACCGGUGAGAGGCCCUUUCCAUGUGGUGCGUGUAAAAAGACAUUCAGCCUUAAAAGAAAUCUGGUCAAACACAUGAGAAUUCACACAGUUGAAAAGCCCUUUCCAUCUUUCACAAGCGGAAAACAUCUUGAAUCGAAAAGCAAUUUCAAUACAAACCUGAGAAUCCACACAGAUGAGAGGCCUUUGUCUUGUUAAACUUGUAAA